UUCAGUUCAAUCCAAAGGUUGUGUGCGCUGAUGAUGUUAAAGUUUUCUUAGAAAACUCGAUGUAAAUGCUGCCAUUGUAGAUUGGAGUCGACUUUUUGUUCAGGGGAUGGAAGUUACUUCUUCUAUGAGGCAGCAAGUUCCAUCGAAAAACUUGCGAGUGCGAUUGACUGGAACAACAAAUGACCCCAAUAUGAACUUAGACCCCGGUGACCCACGUGAACUUUGUUUGAUUGAUGCUGGUAUCCGUAACUUGGAUAGCCUUCAUUUAUCACCGAGUCUCCAGACGUUGAAUCUGCAUUGUAACCAAAUCAGCUUCAUCAGUGGACUGCAUGACCUACGACAUCUUCAACACCUAGAUCUCUCGUCCAAUCAGAUCUCUCGAAUUGAAGGCUUGGAAUCGCUCACCGUACUGCGGACGUUAAAUCUUGCGUGUAAUCAGAUCAAAGAGGUGACUGGUCUCGGCAGGUUAAGAUCUGUCCGGCGUUUGAAUCUAUCCUACAAUGUAAUAACUGACCUGACUGGCCUCCUAGAGCUCCAUGGAUCACAGUGUAAGUUGAAUCAUCUUGAACUCCAAGACAACCUUCUGAACUCUGUCCAUCACAUUGUUGAGUGUGUCAGUGGAUUCCAGCAACUUCAGGAGAUUGUAUUAGCCCAGGAUGGCAAAAAUAACCCGGUCUGCUCUCAACCAGGAUACCGUACAUCAAUGCUUCACUCAUUACCAAGACUACAUGUAUUAGAUGGUCUGAACAGACACGGUCAACAGAUGAUGAAGGAGGAUGGACUGGCAGAUAUACCAGGAUUGGACCAGUAUUUGGAGUACCUCCUUAGUUCGGACUCGGCCUCUGGAAAUGUAAAGGAUUCUGGUUUGAAUCUCGUUACUCCACGGAUCGAUCAGAUGCUUGAUCGAUUCCGUCGCCAAGCCGUGAUGUCAUCAGAUGUAACAAGUACAACCGAGUCUGACAGACGACCAGACGUUAAUAUUACCAUGAUGAAACAAUCUGAUGCUAGGAAAUCUAAGGAAGGUGCUACAGACCACGAGACAAGGUUGGAACAGCUAGAGAGACAACUUGCAGACAUAAUGAGCAGGAAGCAAGGAUCCUUAGAGGCAGUCACUCACAGUGAACCAACAACUCCAAGAAAAGUCAAAGAUGUUAAUGAGACCACGGCGAGGCAUAGAUCUGGAAAAGAUGAAGACCACAAAGAGAGGUGGGAUUCAAAGACAUUGGCCACUAUUGAUAAUUACGCAGAUCAGACGGACGAGAGUGAGGGAGAGAGUCGUGGUUCAUCCAUGGGAGCCACCAUCAGGAGGAGGGCCAAGGCAGCCCCUCGCAUCAGACAGACGCGUACCUCGGAGGUCAGACAACGCAGGCUGGAUAGUGAGCAGGAAGCUAGAUCUACAACCAGCACAAGCUCUCAUCGGCAAGCUAGGUCUGCCAGCAGCACAACCACGGCCACUGUUUCCCCUCCCAGUGCACCAGAGGUCAAAAGUCACCCACGGUUUGCUCGCAAAGUCCUCCCCACUACAGCAGAGCAAGACGCUGAUAAGCUUGCCAUGAUGCAGGAGUUGGAUGUUGAGAGAGAGAGGCGUUGGAAGGCGGAGCAAGCAGCGAUCCGAUUAGCGGAUCAUAUCAAGGAUCUUCAGGCAAAUGCUAAUGAGGAGCGUGAUCUACAGAAUGUUGCCAUCCAUGCCAGCACCAGACUAAAGCAGGCAUUAAUGAAUGAGAAAGAGUCCAGGAUCAGACUUGAAGACAAGUUGGAAGAAAAUAAGAGCAAGUUGGAUGAAGUGGUUGCUAAAUUAGCAGCCUCUCAGAAGGCUGAGGAGGAGCAGAGAGGAGCUCUUAGAGCUAUGGAGACAACGUCAACAAAGAUGGAGACUGAGAGAUUAAAUCAACAUGCUCAUGAAACUAAGAGAACUCAAGAGUACCAGAUGAGAGCGGCAGCCAUCGGACGAGAAGUUGAUCUUGUGAAGACACAAUGCAAACAGCAAGAGGAGAAAAUAAGACAACUGCAAGAGCUACUGGCAAAUCGAGAGCAAGAACACAGGCAGCAGCUGGACUCCCUGUACAGACUGGACAGCAGAGAGCUUCAAGACGUCAUCAAUAAGGAGAUAACAAGAGAACAGAACAAACAUGAGCAAGAGUACAAGCUGUAUAAAGAACGGAUGGACACUCUGACCCGUCAGUAUUCUGAGCUGGAAGAUGAGUUUCGACUGGCACUUCAGAUGGAAGCAGAGAGAUUUAGAGAGCUUCAAGAUUCCUUUGAGAGAGUUAGUCAUGAGGCUUCCAUGGCCAAGCAAGCGUUGUCGUCAACCACUAACAAAGAGCAGAGGACCUCUGGUGUAGUUACUGAACUCACUGCUUUGGUGAAGGAGCAGAAAGGCCGGAUUUCCGAGUUGUCUAAAUCUAAGCAUGAGACUGCAGCUAUGGCGAGGGACCGGAUCCAGGGUACAGAAUCCCAGUUGGAGGAGGCCAGGAGGAAACUGCUGCACUUUGAAGCCCUCCGGCAAGAGAAGAGCCGAUUAGCUGCUCAAGUCGUUGCCCAGGAGUCGGUGAUAGAGGGCCUAAAGGCUGAGAGAAAGUUAUGGAGUCAGGAACUGGCUCAACAAGGUUCAUCCCUGGCCCAGGAUAGAGGGAGACUGGAGGCUCGUAUCGAGGCUCUGACUGCUGAAGUAUCCUCCUUAAAGAAGCAUUCUGAGCGAGACAAUGACGCCUUGAAGAUAAAGACUAAGAUGCUGGAUGAUCAGACAGAUACAAUCAGGAAACUCAAAGAGGGCCUGGUUGAGCGAGAUGAAGAGAUCAAGAAAGCCCGAGAGGAGUCUCUACGUCUUCAGCGCAGCCUUGAGGAGCAACUAGCCAGUGAGCAAUCCAUCAAUCAAGACACUGUGGAGGAGGUGGAGAGGUUGAAAGAUAGGAAGGAGGAAUUAAAGGGGCAAGCGGCUGACUUGCAGGCGGAGCUGGAGGAGAGCAAGCGAGCUUAUAGGUCCCUGGAUAACAAGUGGAAGGAGAAGGGUGAUCUGAUCAGUCAGCUUGAGACGCAGGUACGUCAGGUCAAGGUGAACUUUGACACCAAAGAGAAGAAGAUGAAGGAAGAGAGAGACCAAGCGGUACAAGCAGAAAAAGCUGCUUUGGAGAGAUUACAUCAGGCUGAUGAUGCGUUCACUCGACAACUCCAGUCAGUAAAGAGACACCAUGAGGGAGAGGUGGAAGAGAUGAGGGUAGAGAUGCAGAGAGAGAUUGAUGCUGCUAAUCAGAGGGUCUUGACAGUAGAGGAUGAAAUGAGACAUCUUCUGUCCGAGUCUGACAAUCAGAAACGAGUCAUGGAAGACAAGGUGAAGAAACUGACCAGUGCUUUCAAGGAUCUGACGCAGGGACUGUCAUGAUGCGGAGUCCUAGUCCUGAUCCCAGUGUCCCAACCAACGCAAGAGGCACCUGGUGUUCAGAUAUUCUGGUACAUUUUGUAAUUGUUGAAACUGAUUCUGAGGGACCAGUUCCUGUGAGCUGCUUAAUGAAGAUUUAAACAUUGGUGCUAUCCACAUGUUCCGUCCAAAUCAGACAUUUUAAAUUCAUGUUCAUUUCGGUGUUCUGGUCCUACCAUGGAGGCCAAUGUCCUCACAUACUUGCAAUGCACAAUCAAGAUUGCACACAAACAAACAUCUGAUGAAUAUUAAGUUAGACCUAUUUAACAAUAUCGUCACAAAAACUAAUUAAUAUAAUGAAUGUCUCGGCUGAUCAUAGAGGUGAUGGAUACGGUAUAGUAUGAAGAAUUAGAGGUAUCUUUUUGUUUUGCAUCGAAAGUGAUUGCCUUCUCCUACCACU